CGCCGCCGGGCCCGGAUGGUACCGCGGUACCAGGAGUGGAUUUUAGACACGAUCGAUUCGUUGCGGUCCCGGAAAGCGCGUCCCGACCUGGAGCGGAUCUGCCGGAUGGUCCGGCGGCGACACGGCCCCGAGCCCGAGCGGACGCGGGCCGAGCUGGAGAAGCUCAUCCAGCAACGGGCCGUGCUCCGCGUCAGCUACAAGGGCAGCAUCUCGUACCGCAACGCCGCUCGCGUGCAGCCGCCCCGCCGCCCCCCCGCGCCCCCCCCGGCGCCCCCCAGCCCGCCGCCGCCGCCGCCCCCCCCGCGCCGCGCCGAGCCGCCCGUCAGCCUCCGCGAUGCCGCCCGGGGUCGGCGGUCCCGGUGGAUGGGGGGGGGCGCGGGGGGGUCGGCAGGCUCCGGAUCCGCUCCGGGAGGCGGCGGCGGGAGCGGCGGAGGGCGGCUGGAGCGGACCCGGCUCGCCACCAUCGCCGUGGCCCGCGCCGAGCGAGGCCGAGGGGCCGCGGGAAGGGCCCGAAAGCCCCCCUGCAGCAGCACGGAAGCCUCGGCAAGAGAGGAGGAGGAGGAGGAGGAUGAUGAAGAGGAAGAUGGGACAGGCUCGGAGGCUUCAGAAGAUGGGGGGACCCCCCGGCAAGUGAACGGCGAGGGACGUGGGGGACCCCUCCUUCGCCCCCCUGGGCAGCCUCCCCCCGAGCGGCCCCCCCAGCCCAAGGCCUGUUCCCCGGGGGAGAGCGCUUGUCAUCACCUGGCCCCCCUCAAAAAGGAGGGAGCCUUCGGGCAGCCCGACAGAGCAGUGUCCCCGGCCCUGGCCGGGGCCGAGCCCUCGGUGCCACUGUCCCCGGGGCGACCGGGACCCCCAGCUGACGGCCCCCCCCUGGGCUGCACCCCAUCCCGGCGGGACAAGGCCCCUGACCCGGUGACGUGGUCAGUGCGGGACGUGGUGGAUUAUUUCACGGAGGCCGGUUUCCCCGAGCAGGCUGGAGCCUUCCAGGAGCAGGAGAUCGACGGCAAGGCGCUGCUGCUGAUGCGCCGCCGCGCGGACGUGCUGACACCGGCCUCCUCCAUCCGCCUCGGCCCCGCGCUGAAGAUCUACGAGCACCAUGUCAAACUGCUGCAGCGCAGCCGACUUCCGUGGUCUCUGUCUCUCUCCUAG